UAAAGACAAUCAAGAACUGGAUUUUUUCUUCAAUCUUCACUCUUUCAUCUUCAGUCUACUCCUAAACUCCGCGGCGUAUAUCCGAGGAGUUUCGGAAAAAUUAUUGAUACAAAAAUACGCAAUUCUCCUUAAAAGCUCGCUUUCCAGAUCUUUACUGCGAACCUACUUUUCACUACUAUUCAGUCAUACCUGGAAUGGCGUCUGAAGGCUCUCAAUUUGAUGCUAAACAUUAUGAUAACAAAAUGAAUGACUUGCUUGGAACUGAUGGAGAGGAAUUCUUCACGAGUUAUGACGAGGUGCACGAAAGUUUUGAUGCGAUGGGCUUACAAGAGAAUCUUCUAAGGGGCAUAUAUGCUUAUGGUUUUGAGAAGCCCUCUGCAAUUCAGCAAAGGGGAAUUGUUCCCUUUUGCAAGGGACUUGAUGUGAUUCAACAAGCACAAUCUGGAACUGGGAAAACUGCAACAUUCUGCUCUGGAAUCCUCCAGCAGCUCGAUUAUGGGUUAGUUGAAUGCCAGGCUUUGGUUCUUGCACCGACUCGUGAACUUGCGCAGCAAAUUGAGAAGGUCAUGCGAGCACUGGGUGACUAUCUUGGGGUUAAGGUUCAUGCUUGUGUUGGGGGUACCAGUGUACGUGAAGAUCAGCGUAUUCUUUCUAGUGGGGUACAUGUUGUAGUAGGUACCCCCGGUCGUGUGUUUGACAUGUUAAGGAGGCAAUCGCUUCGCCCGGACUACAUUAAGAUUUUUGUGUUGGAUGAAGCCGAUGAAAUGCUUUCAAGAGGUUUUAAGGAUCAGAUAUACGAUAUUUUCCAGCUGCUGCCACCAAAGAUUCAAGUGGGAGUAUUUUCUGCCACUAUGCCACCAGAGGCUCUUGAAAUUACAAGGAAGUUUAUGAAUAAGCCUGUCAGGAUUCUUGUGAAACGUGACGAGCUAACCCUAGAAGGUAUUAAGCAAUUCUAUGUCAAUGUUGAAAAGGAGGAAUGGAAGCUUGAAACCCUCUGUGAUCUUUAUGAGACCUUGGCCAUCACCCAGAGUGUCAUUUUUGUAAAUACCCGACGCAAGGUUGACUGGCUUACAGACAAAAUGCGCAGCCGGGAUCACACUGUUUCUGCCACCCACGGAGACAUGGAUCAGAACACGAGAGAUAUCAUUAUGCGGGAAUUCAGAUCCGGUUCUUCACGUGUUCUCAUAACCACCGACCUCUUGGCCCGUGGUAUAGACGUCCAACAAGUCUCCCUUGUGAUUAAUUAUGAUCUGCCAACUCAACCCGAGAAUUACCUUCACCGUAUCGGACGUAGUGGAAGGUUUGGAAGAAAGGGUGUUGCUAUCAACUUUGUUACGAAAGAUGAUGAUCGUAUGCUUUUCGACAUACAAAGGUUCUACAAUGUUGUAAUUGAGGAGCUGCCUGCCAAUGUUGCUGAUCUCCUGUAAGGUGGUUUUGAUUUGCUGAGGUUUAAUAUUCCUGUUUCUAGUAAUAUGUUGUCUUAUUUCUUAGGUUAGUUAACCAUGCAACGGACUCAUGUUUGGGAAAUGCAAAGCCCAUCAUUUGCAAAGGGGGCUUUUCAUUUCUCAAUAUGUUUUCUGUUCUACAACUCUUGAAAUUUUUGGUUUGUUUUUAUAUUGUAAUCUUGUCCAAAUAACUGCAGAUUUGGAUGUUGUUUGUGUUGCAAUAUUGUAUCUUGUAAAAGUUGGGUUCCAAAUUU